UGAUGAUCCAUAUGGACUGUUAGUAGGCGCGAAUGCUUACGGCUCGCUAUGCGAGUUGAAGCAUAAUAAGUCGGCUCAGUCACUGAACUUUUGCGGCUUCCAAAAAACUGCACUGUCUCAUACCUUCGUGGGGUGAACCCUCUCCUAGUCGUCAGAGAUGAGCAGUAUCCCAAACCAGCAACCAUCGGCGAGGUCGGCGUAACACACUGCACAUCAACAGAACGCUGUCAAACCUCGAUCACAGACCCAAAAUUGAACAUGGGUUCAGCCAGCCCGCCUGUGAUACCCGGGGUCGGUGAUAUGCUACGCAACAGGCGUCAGGCGCUGACCUACGGACGACAGUUAGUCCAGUCGCAAUUGCAGCAACAGAAAGCAUCCAAGUCGGCGUCAACUACCACGACCCAUACGGAAACCAUCGUUAGGACCAGCUACACCGCACAAGGUAGUCAGCACCAGGCGUUGGUGCCGCGAGUUACCUACGCUUUGCUGCAGAGUCCGCCAUUGUUCACUGCAGGUUUCGUCCAGCAACAAGGGCAAGCUCGAACGCUGCCACUCGAACCAUUGAUCUCGGUGGCAAAGAUGGCUAAUGGACGUGUUUUGCCUUCGCCGUUUCAUCAGCCACAACCACAGUACGUGCGUGAUGAUGCGGCGCAGCAGCUAAAAGACCUCUCCCAUCAAAUGACCAUCGCCGGCCCGAGUCCAGUACAGCCACUGAAUUAUGAUCAUCUGAAGAUUACCAUGGCGGCAGAGGCUGUCAACAAGCCUCAGGAUAGAAAGACCCAGACCACGCACGUAACCGAGGAGAAGCGAAUGGUCAAGUCUAAGAAGUCCAAGAACGCUGGGACCGGUGAGGCGGCGGCCGUUCGCGGCGAGAGCGAGCAGUUCGAGCAGGAAGUACGAGCCAUGAUCGCCACGUCAGCAAUGCGAGUUUGUCCAGCAAGAUACCAUUGGUACAAACGCAAGUCUGGCGUGUACAUGUGCGGAGGAGGUAAGCCGUGGUGAUGUUCGGCCUUCCUCACCAGACUGCUGACGAGCACUUGUUAGGCAAUCACGCUCUUUUUCUGGACGAGCUCCAGAAGUGGAUAGACAACCGUGCGUACGUUCCCAGAUUCGAUUCCGUGAAUCAUUGGGUCCCCACGGCAUCAAUUGCGGUAGAGGAAGGUUGGGAAGACAGAGGUCUCCUAUGCCACCCUCCUUCAGUCGACUCCGGCCAGCUCAUGCACAUAAGGCAUGCUAUGUGGGUACGAGACGCUGCUUUGCUUGGGUUUCGGCUCGUGAAUAGACGGACGAACACCGGCCACGACGAAGGUCGCUGUCAGUGCUUUGAGGACCUCGGUGAACGGGC